GCUGACUAAGAGGAAAGGGGCGGUAAUGAGGCUGAGGGCCUGCUGACCAACUUACUGCGUUCAUCUGCAGCUGACGUGAACUAACGGAACCACGAGGAGAGGAAGAAACACAUCAGCUCAACAUCAGAAUGCCAGGAUCGAGCAUGUCAGCCCGAGAUGGAACAACUGUUGGCCGUUUCCACGGCGUCACCGCGAGCAACGGGCAUGCGGUGCCUGAGAGGGAGACGGUUGUUGUGGAAGAGCGGCGGGAGGGGGGUUGUCGCCGCUGGUUAUGGAAGGCUUGCCCUAGUUGCUGUCGACGGCAAAGCGGCUCGUUUGAUGUCACCUAUGAAGAAAAUGCCACCAGAGACAAACCAGCAACAGGCCCUGAGCCACCAGAACCUCGCACAGAAGACAAGGAGCUGAAAGAGCUGCCUCUUAUUGUGCGUUCGCUGGACCUGCUCAGCUCAAAAACAGAUCAGAACCGCAAGGAGCACCACACUGACCAGUACCACAACGACGAGCUCAUCAUUCGCCGAGGCCAGACCUUUCAAAUGGAGCUUGACCUGUCACGACCUUUCAAUAUAAACACAGACAAACUACAUCUGGAGCUGAAAAUAGGGCCACUGCCGCUGGUGUCGAAAGGCACACACAUCAUCAUCCCUCUAGUGGAGGAGCUGCAGGACCUGUGCUGGGAGGCCAAGAUCGUAGAGCAGAACAGCAACCGAAUCAAGCUGUCCGUCAACUCCCCUCCAAACAGCAUCGUCGGCCAGUACAAACUCACCAUCACCACCCAGAGUCCAGACAGCGAGUCUGUGAACACAUAUGACCCCAACAAAAACAUCUACAUGCUUUUCAAUCCCUGGUGUGAAGAGGACUCAGUGUAUAUGGAUGAUGAGGCUGAGAAGAAGGAGUAUGUGCUGAAUGACACGGGGAGGAUUUACUACGGUACUGAGAAACAGAUCGGCGCUCGAACAUGGAACUUUGGACAGUUUGAUGAAGGUAUUCUGGAGGCGUGUCUGUAUGUCCUGGAGAAGAGUGAGGUUCCCCCAUCUGGUCGAGGAGAUCCAGUGAAUGUGGUCCGAGUUAUCUCUGCUAUGGUCAACUCUCCGGAUGACCGCGGAGUUCUACAAGGGAACUGGUCUGGGAACUACGUAGGCGGGACACCACCAACAGCUUGGAGCGGCAGUGUGGAAAUCCUGAAGAGAUACCACAGGGAAGGGGGGGUACCCGUCAAAUAUGGCCAGUGCUGGGUCUUCUCUGGAAUCACCACCACAGUAUUGAGAUGUCUCGGUAUUCCUGCCCGCAGCGUGACAAAUUUCCAGUCUGCCCACGACACAGAUGUUUCCUUGACAACUGAUGUGUAUUUUGAUGAGAAUAUGGAGCCAAUUAACCACCUCAACUCAGACUCAGUGUGGAAUUUCCACGUCUGGAACGAUUGCUGGAUGGCACGUCCUGAUUUGCCGCCCGGUAUGGGGGGCUGGCAGGUCGUUGACUCCACCCCUCAGGAAACCAGCCAGGGAAUCUUCCGCUGCGGCCCUGCCUCCAUUGCAGCCAUCCGCGCCGGGCAGGUGUACUUGAGCUAUGAUGCACCAUUUGUGUUUGCUGAGGUGAACAGUGACAAGAUUUACUGGCAGAGGAACCUGGAUGGCACCUUCAGUCAGAUCCACAGUGAGAAGAACACCGUGGGACGCUGCAUCAGCACCAAGGCUGUUGGCUCUGACCAGCGCGUUGACAUCACACACCUGUACAAAUACCCUGAAGGCUCAGAAGAGGAGCGCAUUGCUGUGGAAACGGCCUGUCGCUACGGCAGCAAGCCGGAUGUGUACUUGUCCCCGGUGGCGGAGGACGUGAGAAUGGAAGUGAAGGUGGACGGGGAUGGGCCGUGCAUGGGUGAAGACGCCAUGCUGAAGAUUGUGUUGAAGAACAAGAGCGAUCAAGCCCGUAGCGCCACCCUCCACAGCCAGGUGGCAGUCAUGUACUACACUGGCGUGCUGAAGGAAACAGUGAAGACCGAAAAGAUCCCUGUUGAACUGAUGCCCAAUGAAGAGAAAGUUGUAGACUGGGUCCUGCCCUACCACUCGUAUGAGGACCACCUGGUAGACCAGGCUGCCCUGAUGCUCACCCUGUCUGGCAGGGUCACUGAGACUAAACAGGUGCUGGCCUGUCAAAUCAGCUUCAGGCUCCGCACCCCAGACAUCAACAUUGAGCCUCUGGGAGAGGCUUUUGUGGGUAAAGAGGCUUCAGCAAAGCUCACCUUCACCAACCCACUGCCAUGCACGCUCUGCAAUGUGGUAGUUCGAGUGGAGGGCCUGGGAUUGAGGAACCUCCAUCCUAUCGAUGUGGGUGAUGUGGCUAGGCACGCCACCGUGACGGUGACGGAGCACUUCAUUCCUUCUCUGGUUGGGACGAGGAAGCUGGUGGCCUCUUUGGACUGUAAACAGAUCACCCAGGUGCACGGCGUGGCUGACAUCAUUGUGCGCGAGAGUCAGUGA